AUGUCCUGGUACCAAAAAUCCUUCUCGCUGCCGUCGCGCUCCCGUGGGUCUUAUCUCAUCACCGACGUUGUCCUCCGCGAGCUGCCCGCCAUCCGCGACUAUAAAGUCGGCCUUCUGCACCUCUUUAUUCAACACACAAGCUGUGCGCUCAGCCUCAAUGAGAAUUAUGACCCAAAUGUGCGCAGCGACCUGAGCGACGCCCUCGACCGCAUCGCCCCGACUGAGGGCCCCAAGGGUGAGGCGCUGUACCGCCACGAUGACGAGGGGCCGGACGACAUGCCCGCACAUAUCAAGAGCGCCCUCAUUGGCGCAAGUGUGACGAUUCCUAUCCGCGAUGGCAAAUUGGCCACCGGGACCUGGCAAGGCAUCUGGUACCUGGAGUUCCGCGCCUACAAGCACACGCGCAACAUCGUGGCCACCAUCCAAGGCGAAAAGGCAUGA